AUUAAAUUAAUUGUGUAAUAGAUAAUAUAUGUGAAAAAUUAUUGUGCUUCUUUUACACAUUUAAUUAUAUGGAUCUAACACUGAUUGGUUGAAAUGAAAUUAGUAGAUAUCAAGUUAGUUAUCAAGAUAUUUUAAGUUCUAUCGAAGCAGACCUUAAGCCACAUACAAAAUAUUCUCCAAAUUCCAUCGAAGAACUAUAUCCGGACUUGAAGUUACAAGAAGUAUCGAAAACUAUAAAAUUAUUAUUUAAAGGUUUUAACCGAAUUUGAGCCUCGUCUGCUACCACGGCAUAGAAAAGGACAUCAAACUAUUGAGUAUCAAGUACCAACGGAGGUAGAAGAAGGAAAUCGUGAGUGUACCGGAAAGGAAGGACUUUUGUAUUGGCAAGUGCACUGUUGACGUAAAUACGUAACUUAAGCAAAAGGUUGAAGUGUACGAGGAAACACGACGGCGUCGACGACCUGUAGCAAAACACCUGCUUUACUUAAAACGAGAGACGGGGACACGGUGACGGCGGGGGCGGCCAUACUCAAACAACCGCCGAGCGAAGUGCGCGGCACAGCGCAGAAAUGAGACGAUAAUAAAUCGUAUUAUAUUGUUCAUAAACCUGGGGAAGAGGUAACGGGUGUAAGUAUCACCGUUGAUACGUUGGAUAAAGAAUUACGAGUAAAAGUGAAAACAGAAGUGUGGAAAGUAUAGAAGAAAGAGAGGAAAGCGGCCCGUCGAAUCGAGGCGCAGGGGACGGUAUGAGUACAAAGACGGACGUGAACAGGCGGGUCCUAGCGAUUCAAGCUAAAAAAAAGAGGCACAAGCCAAGCAAGCGAAAAGGGAAGGGAAAUUCUCAGGGCGAAUCAGAUACAUCAGGUGCUCAGUGCUCAAAAGCACCGGCUGCUCGACAAGGACAAGGAUCGGGUUUCUAUCAGGAUGCUUCGGCACAGAGACCAUAUUCCAGCGAUAAUGGAAACAGCUCAAGUAAUGAAACAAUAGAGGACGAUGAUGAAGUAUAUAGUAGCGAAGAUGAGGAGCAGGAAGAUAGCAGCGAUUAUUGUAAAGGAGGAUACCAUCCUGUCAAAAUAGGAGAUUUAUUCUUAAAUCGUUACCAUGUAACUCGUAAACUUGGUUGGGGUCAUUUUUCAACAGUAUGGCUCUGUUGGGACUUACAGGAUAAACGAUUUGUGGCACUUAAAGUGGUCAAAUCUGCAUCUCAUUUUACUGAAACUGCAUUGGAUGAAAUUAAAUUAUUAAAAGAUGUGCGCGAUACAGAUCCUAGCGAUCCUAAGCGCAAUAAAACCGUCCAGUUGCUCAAUGACUUCAAGAUCAGUGGUAUUAAUGGUCUGCAUGUUUGCAUGGUAUUUGAAGUGCUUGGACAUAAUCUUCUUAAAUUGAUCAUCAAAUCCAACUAUAGAGGAAUUCCAAGAAACAAUGUUAAACGUAUCAUCAGACAAGUUCUUGAAGGUCUUGAUUAUCUUCAUAAUAAAUGUAAAAUUAUUCAUACAGAUAUUAAACCCGAAAAUGUUCUUAUUUGUGUCGAUGAAGCUUAUAUAAGAAAGUUGGCUUGCGAAGCUACCGAAUUGCAUUCUCUUGGAAUGAAAUUACCGGUAUCUUUAAUUUCGACUGCACCAAAGGAAUUUCAAGAGCCCACUCCAAAUUCUAAGAUGUCAAAAAAUAAGAAGAAGAAGCUCAAAAAGAAAGCUAAGCGACAAAACGAACUGUUGAAAAAACAAAUGGAACAAAUUGAAGAACUUGAGGAGCAAAAUAAACUAGCGAAUAGCACAAGAGAAAACGGUGAAUUAGAAACAAAUAGUCCGGAUCAAGAUAUAAAUACAGAAAGUAUAGAAGAUAAUACUGAAAGCAAAGGUUCACCGGAUAUUUCAGAACCGUCUGCACCUUCAUUGCAUAUAAAUGGUGUAGAUAGUUUAGCAGGUGGAGAGAAAGUAGAAAAUCAAUUACCUCAACAAUCUGAAAAGAUGGAUAAUGCAAACUUAUGUGAUGUAGAAAAGAGUUGUGGAGAAGGAGCAUUAUCACCCGAUCAUGAAGAUGCAGACGAAUGUAGUCGUAAUUUACAUCCACCUGAAAGUAAACAAUUAAAACGAGCAUCCGUAGCUCCUUUAGAUCCUGCCUUAGUGGAAUGUGAUGUCGAAGUAAAAAUAGCAGACCUUGGUAACGCGUGUUGGGUCAACAAAAAAUUUACAGACGAUAUUCAGACUCGUCAAUACAGAUCGUUAGAAGUGUUACUAGGAUCUGGAUACGAUACAUCUGCGGAUAUAUGGUCCACUGCCUGUAUGGCAUUCGAAUUAGCAACCGGUGAUUAUCUCUUUGAACCACAUAGUGGCAAUUAUUAUUGCAGAGACGAAGAUCACUUAGCUCAUAUUAUAGAAUUACUUGGAGAAAUACCUAGGCACAUUGCUCUUUCAGGUAAAAACUCGAAAGCGUAUUUCAAUAAGAAAGGAGAAUUGAAACGUAUUACUGGAUUGAAACCUUGGGGACUGUACGAUGUGCUUACGGAAAAAUAUGAUUGGUCACCAAGAGAAGCACGUGAGUUUGAAGAGUUCCUAACUCCGAUGCUCGAGUUUGACCCGAGUAUGCGAGCUACAGCAGCAGAGUGCCUGAAGCAUCCGUGGCUGCAAAUCAAAAAACAAAUAUCGUAUGGCAGUAAAGAAGAAUGUACAGUUCAAUAAUUAAUUUUUAUUAAUUAACAUCCAACAUCCUACUGUGAAAUAUUUUUUCAUGCAACAAAUAGUUUAUGAAUAAUUUAAAGCAGUUAAAUUAGCUGACUUACUCUACGUACUGUUAAGAUGUAUAUCAUAUAUAUAUACAUAUAUGUAUAAUGUACAAUACUGAAGAAAGAAGACGAGUUUCUGCAUCAUGACUGACAUUUUGGUGAAAUAAUUGUGGCAAUGGAUAUACAAUGUUAAGUUCUGUGCGACCUUCUUUACUUUGAGCUAUUGACUGAUUAUUAAGCUCUCUGCCCAUAAGUUGUCUUCUAUUUUAUAACGAAGAAAGCGAAACAGUACAACUCAACUGGAUAUUCAACAUCAUCACGAACGUAUUUUGUAUCGUUGAAUUCUGUUUAUGCUUCCAAACGAAUGUUCUGUUUCGCUUAAUCUGCCAAUAUUAAGAUCAUUCGAUUAACAGAAGAAAACAAAGAGAACAAGUGUGAUUAAUUAAAAGCAUUUUGUACAACACAGGUGGAGACGCAUACGAAAAGGAUAUUUACGAAUUAAGUUAUAUAUAUUAAAUGGGAACUGCAUACGUUUCUUCUUGAUGAAGGAGAAGCAAUGAUGAUUUGAAAAUCGUUUUACAAUUUUUAAUUAAAUUAUAUUGAUUGUCGUUGAACGAAUUUCGUAAGUAAAUAUGAUUUUGAUACAAUUUAGUGGUCCAUCGCAUCAUUUGAUAGAAAUUCAUUUUAAAUGUUUAAAAGAAAGUGUAUUGAAGGGGGAAACGUUAACUUUCACGAUGUGUAGAGAACACACAACGACCAAAAUCAUAACGAGACGUUUGAUCUUAUUUCAUCUAUAUCUGUAUCCUUAACUAGAGAAACCUCUCUUCUACCCUUGCUGUGAUUCAUGAGAAUCUUCAAGUAUGUGACACUAUGUCGUCUUAUGAAUUUAAAACAAAUUCUCUUCGUUUCGAAGUAAUACUCGUCUUAACGUGUGUGUUUCUUUUUUUUUUCCUUACAAAUCAUGCGAUCCCACUGUAGUUACAACCUUGGGACUGAUAUGAUAGCAAUCCUGUUGAAUUUGUACAGUAUAACAACUGAAGUUAAUUAAUAGAUAUGUAUGUAUAUUAUGUAUAACCGGUAUUAUCCAGUGAAAUGCGGCCAAUGAAAUGCGAAUGAUACGAGUGCAUCAAUUAAGGCAUAAAAGGGAAUGUAUUCUUCAAGUUAAACACAUCUCUAGUUUCUACCGUCCUUAACGCUGAUUGAUCACCGAUCGCCAUGCGAUUGUACGUUAACAAUAAAAUCAAUGUUUUAACGAGAGAGUGUAUAAUAAGAUGUUGACAUUGCUGGACGAAGAGCAUCACUGUGUAAAGCUUUUAACGGUACAAGUAUUCUCUUCUAUAACAAAAUGGAUGGAUCGGUUUCUUUAACAGCGGUUUAACGAAUUCAAAGGACGUGUGAUUUUUCAUCGUGUAGCCGCACAUGUAUAAAUAUACCGAAAUAUAUAUAUAUAUAUAUAUUUACAAACACACAAACAUAUACAUAUUAUACAUAGAAAUAAAUUGAAUGACAGUUUACGUAGGUGUGAUUCGCUGCUUGGCGCUAGGAUAGUUAGGAUGAAAUUAACAAACAUUAAUAGUAAAAAACAACAAAUGUGUAUAGCUUGAUGUACGAGAGUCUCCCAUUUCCCUCUGAAGUUCGAGCAAGUCAUUGUAUUCAUAUUAAAAACGUUUUAAGGCUCGACGUGUAUUGUUUCUCUCUGAAUAAUAAGAGGGUGAUAUCUAUAUGCGUAUAGAAUUUAAAGACCAGUGGGAGAGUUAAGCGAAGUCGAGAAUACUGUAUCGACAGGGACCCAAAUUUGAAACUUCUUCAGAGAUCUAUAUUCCAAUUGAUAGGUCUGAACAAUGAACGGUGUAAUUGGGAUCAUCAACAAUGGAGGAGGUUCAUUUUAAUUUCUCCAAUAGAAUUGGGUCUUUGAGAAAGCUUCGUUGCCGUUUCUUCUCUGUCAGUCUACUCUCGUUCAAGCGAAAUAUUGAAAGAUAGCGUGCUACAAAUUUAAUGAGAGAAAUUGUUAACGCACCGAGGAAGAACAAGUGAUAAUCAGUACCAAGGAAGCGCGCGUAGAGAUACUGGAAUCACUAGAAAAUACAAUGUGUGUGAUUUUUGUAAUAUUACAACGUUAAAAAAAAAAACCGAGGGUUUUGUCGAACGGAUGAAACGAAGAAGAUAAAAAUCAGACGUUUGAUAAGAGGAAAAAUAAUAAUAAUAAUAAUAAAAAAGAAGAGAACAAAUGGUUUCAAGUGAACCCCAAAUUGUAUUAUGUAAAUUGUGACGUGUAUGACACGCAUCUAUGCGAUAUAAUGUAAAUAUUGAAAUGUAAUUGGGGGUUUUACACAUUUUUAGACCGAACGCGUCUGCAUUAUAAACCGAUAACGUUAGGAAGUGCUGAGAAAACCCAGUCCCAACGGAUUAUAUUGUGACCUGUAAACGACUACUUUAACCGAAUUAUAAUCCCUUGGAACUUUUUCUGUAAUAAAUGGGUGAAAAAUCGAGGUAUGACGUAUUGUAAUCUUACGGAUCGGUAUGUAUAGUCGUACUGGUCAUAGCGUUUGUAGAAUCAUUUAACUCUGCAUGCUUAGCCGAUUGCUCGAUGUUGUACAUACACACGUGUACCGUACUGAGCAACAUUAAUAAGAAUAUAAACUGUAUCGAUAAAAAUUGCAUAUAGAGAUGCUCGUGAUAUACGAUCAUUUUUAGAAAUUUAUUGGAUGAUCAUCCAGUGCGUGAAUAAUAUUUGAGCAGAUAAUACGUAUAAUUUACAUUGACUGGAGCAUCGACAUAAAAAAAAGCAAACAAAUGGGAGGCAAGUGUGGUUUUCCAUGCUAUUAGACAAUACUUCAAUGUUAUAGCGAGGAUAAUAUCCUUUAUUAAAGUUGACUUCAAAUAAAACGUGCCCCAUGUAUAAGGAAAUAAUCUUGCGCGUUUAUUAGAUUUCAAUCGCACUAAAGAAAAAAAAAAGAAAGAAACAUUUUACACUUGGUUCAAACUUAACGUGAAAUUCAUUACGGUGUUUCCUGUAUUUAAUAUAUUUUUGCAUUGAACAAGAAACAACUUAUCAUAGAAUCAAAACGCGUACGUUUUUUCUAUGUACGUCCAUGUCGUACCAUUGCACU